AUGGCGACUGCGGACGUCCAGACCGAGAGAGCCUUCCAGAAGCAGGAUGGCGUCUCCUCCCUUGGCCGCGUGCACCUCACUGGCCAGAAGAAGAGGACUCAGCGCUACUGGAAGGAUGUGGGCUUGGGAUUCCAAACUCCCCGCCUGGCGAAGGAGUCCAAGUACGUCGACAAGAAGUGCCCGUUCACCGGCAACGUCAGCAUCCGCGGGCGAGUGAUCAAGGGUAUGGUUGUGAGCACCAAGAUGAAGCGCGCCGUGGUGAUCCGCAGAAACUACCUCCACUUUGUUCCCAAAUACAGCAGAUUCGAGAAGCGCCACAAGAACGUCACCUGUCACUUGUCCCCCUGCUUCGAGCAGGUCAAGGAAGGAGACAUCGUCACCGCUGGCCAGUGCAGACCUCUUUCCAAGACCAUCCGCUUCAACGUGUUGAAGGUGGAGAAGAACCAGGUCUUCGGAAACGUGCGCAAGCAGUUCCGUCUUUUCUGA